GAGCGGUCCAAGGCGCCAGACUCAAGGAAGCCUACUAGGCAACCCUUCUCUUGCAUAGCAAAGAGAGUCUUCUGGUCUCGAAAGGGGCGCGAGUUCGAAUCUCGCUCUUGUCAGUUUCUUUUUUGGCAACUUUUUUUGCAACUUACCAUGUAGAGUGUCGAGAAUAAAUUAAAUCAUAGAUAUAUUUUUACCAAAUCAUUUAAAACAAAACCAUCCUAUGUUGCACAGAACAAAUGACAUUGUUAUCGAUAAGUCCGAAAUCGUCAUUGUUAUUCUGCCCGUGAUGCCAGUCAUGUGAUCCCCGCGCGUCUCUACGACCACCACCAUCAUUGCAAUAGCUUCAGAACUCAACACAUUUCCUAUCCCCAAUACUCACACUCCCAUCUAAUCAUCUACCCAAGACCAAUUCCACCCACCUAAAUCAAAAUGGCCUCCUUCACCUCCACCCUCCGCCCUAUGCUGCGUGCUACCUCCGCCUCCGGCCUCUCCGCGCGCACCUUCAGCUCUUCCUCCUCGCGCUCUGUCGCCCGUAUGAUCAUCACUGGCCGUCUUGCCAACGACCCCGAGCUGCAGGCUACCUCGUCCGGUCAGGAGAUCAUCAAAUACUCCGUUGCUUCCACCCAGCCUGGCCGGGAUAACAAGCCGGCUAGCUUUUUCCGCAUUGCGAGCUUCCAGCCUGAGGGGGCCCAGCGGGACUUCCUUCUCAACUUGCCGAAGGGAACCCUCGUCUACCUUGAAGGUGACGCUAGCAUUCGCCAGUGGGAAGAUGCAGACGGCAAGAGGAACUCGGCUCUGAACAUCGUUCAGCGCAGCAUCGAGGUCCUCAAGCGUCCCUUCAACCCGGACGGCAACAACUCCGAGCAAUAGAUAACAAGGACGGAACAAACACUAUAAUGUUAACUAAUGGAUUGUUGUUUGAUUGAUAUCGACUGUUUGGUGUUAGACUCGAAGGAGUUGUUUAUCACCCUGCUAUUUCUUGUCAUGUAUUGUACUGUACAAGUAUACCCUUGAAUACAUUUUCCCACUCAAUUAUUUUUAUCUAAAUUUUAUUUUCGGGGGAAUUGGGCCGUUCUAAAGGCAAAGAGAGAUCUGUUGGGCAUUGGCAAUGGCAUUUGGCGUCACGGUGUCGAUUUUCUAGUCAUCAGGCUCGAUACUUAUAUGCUUGGAUAAAGACUAUUACGUGGAUAGUGCUUGGGAUUGUUUGUUCAGCUGUCAGGUAUAAGGCCAUGAAUAGACUCAAUAUUAUUAAAAUUAUAACGAACAAAAUAUCUGAGACUG